AUUUUCGUUGUAUUGAUAAUUUUAAACGUUGUAAUGGAUAUGAUGAUUGUAAUGAUGGUAAUGCAACUGAUGAAGUUGGUUGUCCAUCUCGUGUUUGUAAUCGAACAAAUAGUAUGAAAUGUCCAAAUAAUAAUAUUUGUAUUCAAAAAACGUAUUUAUGUGAUGGUGAUAAUGAUUGUGGUGAUAAUAGUGAUGAAAGUCCGAUCUUUUGUCAUAGUGUUGAAUGCAAUACUAGUAUCUCUGAAUUUCGAUGUGGAAAUGGUCGUUGUAUACCAUAUUCUUGGGUAUGUGAUGGUCAACGAGAUUGUAUAAAUGGCACUGAUGAACCAGCUGAUUGUCGUUCAUCAAAUCGAACAUGUCCAGUUGGUCUCUGGAAAUGUGACAAUGGUCGGUGUAUUAGUCCACAACAGCGAUGUAAUGGUAUUGAUGAUUGUCGAGAUGGUAGUGAUGAAGAUGAACGACAUAAUUGUGCUGAAAUGCCUUGUAGUUCAACACAAUUUCGUUGUCCAUCAGGUUUAAAAUAUAAUUCACGUUUAAGAUGUCUUGAUCUGUCAGCUGUUUGUAAUGGAUUUGCAAAUUGUAUGCGUGGAGAAGAUGAAGCGAAUUGUACAAGACGUAAUUGUUCAUCAUAUCAAUUUCAAUGUGCUAAUGGUCUUUGUGUACCAAGUUCAUAUUUUUGUGAUCAUGAUAAUGAUUGUGGAGAUGGAUCAGAUGAACCUGCUUCAUGUGUAACACAAUAUCGAAAUUGUACCAAUACAGAAUAUCGAUGUGAAAAUGGACGAUGUGUAUCUAAAUCAGCGACAUGUAAUGGAUAUAAUGAUUGUCAUGAUAAUUCCGAUGAAAAACCAUCAUUAUGUCGAGUUGAACAAUGUCCAUCUGGACAAUUUCAAUGCCAAAAUAAGGAAUGUAUACCAUAUGAAGUUGUUUGUAAUGGGGUAAGAAAUUGUACAGAUGGAAGUGAUGAACCAGCUAGUUGUGGUGUUAAUGAAUGCGCUUCAUCAAUUCUAAGUGGUUGUGAGCAUGGUUGUGUUAAUACAUUAACUUCUUUUCGAUGUAUAUGUCGAUCGGGUUAUAAAUUAGCAUCGAAUCAAAGAAAUUGUUGGGAUAUAAAUGAAUGUGUUGAAAUACCAAGUGUUUGUCAACAAUUUUGUGAAAAUACACCGGGUUCCUAUAUAUGUAAAUGUGCACCUGGCUAUGAAAAAGGUCUUGAUGGACGUAAUUGUAAUCGAUUAAAUAGAACUAUUGUCCCAUAUGUAUAUUAUACAAACAAAUAUUAUGUUCGUGCUAUUGGUCUUGAUGAACAAAACGAAUUAACUGUUUCACGUGGUUUGAUGGAAUUAUCAGGUAUAACAUAUGAUUGGAAAGAUCAAAAAUUAUAUAUUGGUGAUCGAGUGGCUGGUAAAAUCUAUCGAAUGAAUUUUAAUGGAACACAAUCAACAGCUAUCAUAGAAAAUAAUCAAAUAGGUUCUCUACGUGCAUUGUCUCUUGAUUGGAUUGGACGAAAAUUAUAUCAAUUAUUGACUACACCUGAAAUUCGUGUUAGUGAAUUGGAUGGUCGUUAUAGUAUAACAUUACUCGAUUCAAGAUAUUUAUCACAACCAAAUUAUCUUGCUAUUGAUCCAUUAGUUGGUUAUUUGUUUUAUUCAGAUUGGGGACAAGCACAUAUUGGUAGAAUUAAUUUAGAUGGAAAUAAUUUUGUGAAAAUUAUUGGUACAGAUGUAGCUGGACCAUUAGGUUUAACAAUUGAUAUUGUUACUCGAAGAAUAUUUUGGAUUGAUAGACGUUUACAAAGAUUAGAAUUCAGUAAUUAUAAUGGUGGUGAACGUAAAAUAGCAUUUUCUGGUCAUGAUUAUGUUCCAUAUUCACUUAGUGUUGGUUUUAUUGAUGGUUAUGUUAUAUGGUCUGAUUUUACAAAUCAUUCAUUAAUUCGUGCUGAUGCAUUGAAUGGUUCAAAUAAACGUAUACUUCUACCGAAUACAAUAAAUGAAGUUGUAGCUCUUACUAUUGUUCAUCCAUCAUUACAACCGCAAGUUCCUAACCCAUGUGGAAUAAACAAUGGUGGUUGUUCACAUUUAUGUUUAUUAUCAGUAAAUCAAUCAUAUACAUGUGCAUGUCCUGAACAUUUUUCAUUUAUGAAUAAUGGAAAUAAUCGAACCUGUGUAUCAAAUUGUAGUUGUAAUCAACAUCGUUGUGGUCCACCGAAUGAACGAUGUAUACCAUGGCCAGCAAAAUGUAAUGGAAUUAAUGAUUGUGAAGAUGGAUCUGAUGAACCUAGUACAUGUCCACAACGGCGAUGUUCAUCAACACAAUUUCAAUGUCGAAAUCAAAAUUGUACACCUAUUUCAUAUGUUUGUAAUGGAAUGGAUGAUUGUGGUGAUAAUUCAGAUGAAGAAAAUUGUGAAUGUCGUUGUAUGCCAGGAACAUUCCGUUGUAAUUCUGGCUCAUGUUUAUCAAUGAGAUUUCGUUGUGAUGGUUAUCGACAAUGUUCUGAUGGUAGUGAUGAAUUAAAUUGUAGUAAUCGUUCAUGUACUCAUUAUCAAUUUACAUGUACUAAUGGACAAUGUAUACCAGCAUCGUACGAAUGUGAUUUAGAUAAUGAUUGUGGUGAUAAUAGUGAUGAAAAUGCAUAUUUUUGUCGUAAUCGACCUUGUCGUGAAGAUCAAGUUCGUUGUCCAACUUCGUAUAAAUGUAUUUCACAAACAGCACGUUGUAAUGGAUACAAUGAUUGUCGUGAUAAUAGUGAUGAAAAUCCAAAUCAAUGUCCACCAUGUCAUGAUGCAAAUCAUUUUCAAUGUAAUAAUGGACAAUGCAUUCCAAGAAGUUUUCAAUGUAAUCAUCGAAAUGAUUGCCGUGAUGGAUCAGAUGAAAAUUCAGCAACGUGCGUCAGUAUUUAUCGUCAAUGCAGUGAAGAUGAAUUUCGAUGUUUGAAUGGUCGAUGUAUUCCACAACGAUGGGUGUGCGAUCAUGAUAAUGAUUGUGGUGGAGGUGAUACAUCGGAUGAACCUGUUGAUUGUGCUCCUCAUCCAUGUCAAAAUGGAUAUUUCAAAUGUGCAUCUGGUCAUUGCGUAAGGAAUACAAGUCGCUGCGAUGGUUAUCUUCAAUGUCGGGAUGGUUCGGACGAAAUGGGUUGUUCAACACCUUGUCCAGAAGACCGUUUUACUUGUAACAAUACUCUUUGUAUCAAUAAGAACUGGAUUUGUGAUGGAGAUAAUGAUUGUCUUGAUAAUAGUGAUGAAAACAUCGAAUUAUGUCGUCCAUUACCUUGUAAUUCAAGCCAUCGUUUCCGAUGUACAAAUGGUCGAUGCAUCUAUCGAUGGCGUGUGUGUGAUCAUAUAGAUAAUUGUGGUGAUGGUAGUGAUGAAGAUAUUCAUGGUGUAUGUCAACCAAAUCGACCAGUAAUAACAUGUCCAGAAUUUCAUUGUAUUCAUACAAAUCGUUGUAUACGAUAUAUAGAUUUAUGUGAUGAAAUCGAUGAUUGUGGUGAUGAAUCCGAUGAAUUAUCAUGUAAUAAUACAAUGACAUGUAAUAGUACAAAUAAUUGUGAUCAAAGAUGUCACGAUUUACCAAAUGGACGAGGAAUUCUUUGUUCAUGUAAUACAGGUUUUAAAUUGAAUAAAGAAUCAUUUAAAUGUGAAGAUAUAAAUGAAUGUGAAAAUGUUACAUUAAAUUAUUGUUCACAAAAAUGUGUCAAUACUAAAGGUGGUUUUCGAUGUGAGUGUGCAGCUGGUUUUGAACCAAGUGCUGUUAAUAGAUCAGAUUGUCAUCCAGCAGAACAAACAAUUGAUCUUCUCAUAUCUGAACCAGACGAAAUUCGUCGUCUUCGUCAAAAUACUAUAGAAAAUGCAUCACAUUAUGGUGUACUUACUGAAGAUCAACAUGAUGCUAGUUUUAUUUCUAUUGAUACAAAUAAUCGUGUAUUUUAUUGGAUUGAUGAGUCUACAUCAGAAAUUUAUCGUGCACAUCAUACACCAAAUACAGUAUCAACAGUAUAUCCUCAAGCACUUCUAAAUGAAGAUACAACUCAUUUAAUAAUUCCAAGUAGUAUUGAUAUUGAUUGGAUUGGACAAAAUCUUUAUGUAACGGAUCUUGUUCAUGGUUGUAUAUGGGUUUUAAAAAAUGAUGGACGUUAUGCAACUAAAUUAAUAACAAAUAUUGAAUCACCAUGGGUUGUUACAGUUAAUCCAAUACUUGGUAUACUUUAUUUUAUUAAUUAUGAACAUGGACCUGUUGAAAAUCCUAAUGAACGUAUUGUUGCUAUUGAAUCAGCUUAUAUGAAUGGUGAAAAUCGUACAAUAUUAAUUGAUACAGAUAUGGUACAUCCAACGGACUUAGUUAUUGAUUUCUAUCAAAAUUAUCGUGUUUAUUGGACAGAUGAAAAAAAAGAAUCAAUUGAAUCUAUGAAUUAUGAUGGAACAGAUCGUAUUGUUAUAGCACAUAUUGGAAUACAUGCACCGCAUUCAUUGGAUAUAUUUGGAAGUCAUUUAUAUUGGAUUAAUCGUGAGAAUCGUUCAUUGUAUACAAUUGAAAAAUUUGGACGUGGAAUAUCAACACUUGUUAUUGAUAAAUUAGAAUUACCUUUAUUCGUAAGAAUUUAUUAUCCAUUAAAACAAAUUCAAUCAGUAUCAAAUCCAUGUGCAACAGCUAAUUGUUCUCAUUUAUGUGUUUUAAAACCAUUAAAUCAAUAUGAAUGUUUAUGUCCAUUUAAUACAACAAUUCAAGAAGACAGUCGAACAUGUAAUGCGCCAAUUGUUCCUGAACAUCCUCUCGUGGAAUGCAAUUGUGUACAUGGCCAAUGUGUUUACCACAUUGAUGAAAAUGCUGGUCAUCCAAUAAAUGGAUGUCUUUGUUUCAAAGGUUAUUACGGUGAAUAUUGUGAAAUUUCACCUCCGCCACCUCCUCCACCUCCUCCACAUUGGUUAAAAAUUGUUAUUAUUGCAUUAGUUAGUUUAUUAUUGAUUGGUUUUCUUACGUUUGGUUUAAGUCAAUUGAAACGUAAAGGAAAAUUACCAUCGAUUACAACUCCACCAUUACCAUCGCGUGUUCGAACAGCAAUGAACAAUGUGCGUAAUUUUAUUACACGUUCAACAGAUAAUAUAAAUACAGUUCGCUUUCGAAAUGCUCAAUCUACUGCAGAAUCAGCAGCAGUAUUUCCAAAUCCAAUGUAUGCUGCAACAUCAACAGCAUCUAAUCAACCAGCUCAAUUGACGACAUCAUCUGACGAACCUGCUAAAUUAAAUGUUGGCGUUCGGUCAGCUCCAUCAAAGCCGAGUCGGAAAGGUACUCCUGCGUCUCCUCUUCGCCAACAAGUACAUUUUGAUCCCCAAAGCAAAGAUACUGAUCACGAUAAAGCUAAUUUAGUUGUACGAAGUAGUGGCAGCGAUGCAUAA